AUGCAACACAAACCGAAAGAUUUCCAAAAAGAAUAUCUUCUCACGGCAUUGGAUGUUUACAGUUUUGGAGUUACAAUGUAUGAAUUAUUUUCUCAAAAACACAUUGAAAAUAAUGAAAGAUUAACUUGCUUUCUCUCAACAAACGAAUUAUUGGAAUUAUUUCCUUGUUUAACACUCAAUCAAGCCAAUGAAGUUAUUAGAAUAGGAAAUAGUUGUUUGGAAUAUAAUCCAAAAUCAAGACCAUCAUUUGCGGAAUUACAAAAACAUUUAUUGAAAUUAACAGCAAACAUUUUACAAAAUGAACAAAAAGAACAACCUUCCAAAAAAAGGAAAUUAGUUCCAACAUUACAAACAAUUCAAACUAAUGAAAAAAGAUCAAUUGUUAUUGGAUAUAACCCUUUAGAUAGAUCUGGAAUUCAAACUCCACUAAAAUCAUCUUCAAAUUUUACAAUAAUUAAUACUUUUAAUACUUUACAAAAUAAUAAUUCACAAGUUGUUGGUGAGUUCAAUGACAGAUUUCCACCAAAUAAUAAUAAUAAUGGCAAUUCAGCAAGUGUAACCAAUAAUAUUCAGGAUUCGAAUAGUCCAGUGUUUUACAACUUGAAAUUCUAA